CCUCUGUGAGUGAGUGUCUACCAUUUGCGCAUUCCUCUCUUAUCAGUUCUGCGGAGGAAACAAAACCUGAGAAAAUGGCUCUGAAGCUCAAUCUCCUCACUUUUCAAUCCCAGAAGUACCCUUCUUUCGCUCUUCCACCGGUGGCCAGUCUCAGAUCUCCCAAGGUCAUGAUGGCUUCCACCCUCAGUUCUGGCUCCAAGGAGGUUGAGAAUCUCAAGAAGCCCUUUAGUCCUCCCCGUGAGGUUCAUGUUCAAGUAACCCAUUCCAUGCCACCCCAGAAGAUUGAGAUCUUCAAAUCUCUGGAGGGUUGGGCUGAGCAGAACAUAUUGGUUCACCUGAAGCCAGUGGAAAAAUGUUGGCAACCACAGGAAUUUCUUCCAGAUCCUGCUUCUGAUGGAUUUCAUGAUCAAGUCAAGGAACUAAGGGAGAGGGCAAAGGAGAUCCCUGAUGAUUACUUUGUUGUUUUGGUUGGUGAUAUGAUCACGGAAGAAGCCCUUCCAACAUACCAAACAAUGCUUAAUACCCUAGAUGGUGUUCGAGAUGAAACGGGGGCGAGCCCUACUUCUUGGGCAGUUUGGACAAGGGCCUGGACUGCUGAAGAAAACAGGCAUGGUGACCUUCUCAAUAAGUAUCUUUACCUAUCUGGACGAGUUGACAUGAGGCAAAUUGAGAAGACAAUUCAGUAUCUGAUUGGGUCAGGAAUGGAUCCCCGGACUGAGAACAAUCCCUAUCUUGGAUUUAUCUACACUUCGUUCCAAGAACGGGCAACUUUUAUCUCGCAUGGGAACACUGCUAGACAUGCCAAGGAUCACGGGGACCCGCAGCUGGCUAAAAUUUGUGGCACAAUUGCCUCAGAUGAGAAGCGCCAUGAAACUGCUUACAUUAAGAUUGUGGAGAAGCUCUUCGAGAUCGAUCCUGAUGGGACCGUCCUUGCUUUUGCAGACAUGAUGAGAAAAAAAAUCUCUAUGCCAGCCCACUUGAUGUAUGAUGGCCGUGAUGACAACCUUUUCGAGCACUUUUCAGCUGUUGCUCAGCGGCUCGAAGUUUACACUGCUAGAGACUAUGCAGAUAUACUGGAAUUUUUGGUUACCAAAUGGAAAGUGGAAGAGCUAACUGGACUUUCUGCAGAUGGGCGAAAAGCUCAGGACUAUGUUUGUGGGUUACCUCCGAGAAUUAGGAGGCUGGAGGAGAGAGCUCAAGGAAGGGCGAAGGAAGGACCCACCAUUAAAUUUAGCUGGAUAUAUGACAGAGAAGUUAAGCUCUGAGUGCAUGAUGUAUCCAGAAACUAAGUUUCGUGCUCCAACAAGUCUCUCCUCACAUAAUGUAGGUAAAAGUUUUGAGUUGGUAGUAUUUGCAAUUCCAUUUUAUUGUGCUUGUUUUGGGAUGAGAUUUUGUUCGGACUUGUUUCAUGAGCUGUAGAUACGUUUUUUUUUCCCUUCUUCCUUGCAUGGUAUCGUUUGAUCUUCAUGUAGGGGCAUAUGUAGUUUCAAUUUCAGUGUUAUUUGGAUGGUCUAUUGCCUGAGUUUGUUUUUUCAAUUUAUGCUUGUGACUGUAAACAGAUUAUCAAUUCCAAGGCCAUUGUAACAAUGAUGGUCCCUUGUGGUGCAA